AUGGAAGGCACGCGAGAGGAGCGGCAGCAAAUGCGACAGCGCGGAGCUGGGACGCGCAAAGCCAAAGAGGUGGACUUCGGCUUCGCCUUUGGUAGCCCAUUAGCCCAGCCAUCAGGACCUGCACCGCUUGCUAUUGUCCCUGAACCGAAGAACCCACCGCAAACACAGCCCGCGCCGGCCAUACCACAACCGCCCGAGGAAUCGCAACCAAUUUCGCCCGCUCCUGCAGCUCUGCGCACACCUGGAAGCGCGCGUAAUCACCUUCCUGAGCGGCCUUCGACAUACGACAUCGUGUCAGAUGAGCGAGGCGAACAGACAAGAAGCAAUAAAAGGAGAAAGCUCAGUUCUCAUCCAGUUACCGGGGAUGUUAUCGACGAAAGUGGCAUGCGAUCAGGGGAUGGGAAUCUACAAUUCGUUAAUGGCAACGUGAACAACGUCGGGCUACGAACAAGUCCCAUUUCGGGCAUAUCAAGUAUUAAUGUCGAAAAGCAACAAGACAAGCCUAGGAGUGAACUUCUACAACAUCGCAUAUCACCUACUCCCGAGACCUCUGCCCGAGACCAACAUCAGAACGACCAGCAGUCAAAGACCAACGGCACAGAGUCGGCAACGAAGUCAGCAACACCUGCAGAUAACGAGCAUUCGGCCCCAAUUACACCUGCAUUAUCUGAACCCUCCGAAAAUACAGCAGUAAUUCAGAAAGCCCGAGUGCCACAUAUGUCGUCCAAAUCGCCUCAGCCCCAAGACCAACCCGACGCUGUACAGCUUGAAAGCACAGAGGCAUUGGAAUCAAAACGAAAAUCUCGUCAAUCACCAUUGGAAGGCGAAAAUCUCACAGGCCAGAAGAGGAGAUCUGGGUCCCUGGUUGUUGAGCAGAAAAAUGCAACAAUCACAGAGGGCACACAACACGAAAGUCCAUCCGAGGUUCUGGACCAUUCUCCUGCGCUAUCUGUUGCUGCGGAUGUUGGCCUAGGAGAGGAUUCCUCCAGGUCAAGCAAUGAGGACCAAGAACAAGUCAAUCGGGCUCAUCAAGGACCUUCUGUCAAACCGAAAAAGUCCCGGGGUCGGCCUGCGCGUAAAUCCCCUGCCACUCAGUCACCAGACCUGCCUGCAGACCCUACAGCACAAGAAACUGAUCUACAAUCACAAAUUGAGCCCGAGGAAAUCCAGCUUGAGACAGCCUCCAGAGCCAAACGCCCUCGUGGUGGAGCUUCGGUUAGUAAGAGUCCCAUUGGCGUGACUGAAACCGACCAAGCUCCAUCUCAAUCUGAGCCUAAUGCCGUUGAUGCUUCUUCGGGGCCACGCCGAGGCCGCAGGCCUGCAUCAGAAAAGCCUGGCAACCAACAGGAACCCGUGGUGGAAUCUAGGGCGCCAAAGUCACAGCGGAACAGGUCUCGUCAUACUUCAAGCCGCUCUGUGGAGCCUCAAGAGCCUCAAGUGCCCCAAGCAGAAAGUCAACCGGAUCCUGGUGCAGAGGAUGCAGCUGCAGUGGACGUGCCUCGGCGUGGAAGGCCUGGAAAGAAGGCCAAACGCCCAGUGGUACCUGAGCCUGAACGAGAACCAACGCCUCAGCCCGGGUCUCCAACACUAGACGAACCCGAACCCGUGGAGCCUACAGCACCCAAAUCCCGGCGUGGUAAAUCUGGCAGGGCCAAACGCGCAGCAGAAUCAGAGCCCGCACCAGAGCCUCAGCCCGAACCAGAACCAGAACCAGAGCCUCAGCCGUCGCCUGAGGUGGAGCCCACGGCACCCAAAUCCGGGCGUGGUAAGCCUGGCAAAGCUAAACGCACAGCAGAACCCGAGUCUCCAACACUAGACGAACCCGAGCCCGUGGAGCCUGCAGCAUCCAAACCCCGGCGCGGUAAAUCUGGCAAGACCAAGCGCCCAGCGGAAUCUGAGCCCGAGCCGGAAGUCGAGAGUGAACCUGCCCCAGAAAGUGAAGUGGCACGGGAGCAACCUCGUCGCAAGACCCGAGAGCCUCGUGGAGAAACGGUUCCAGUCACUGUCUACCGGCUUGCCAAUAUCGCAUCUCUUGGUGAUACAGCAUCGACGGCCAACGAGCCUGGCGGCGAUCCAGAUUCUGCAGAUGAGCUCACCUCUGACCAACGAACAAAAAUCCCCAAUCGCGGCGGUGUCAACCCUGCCGACGUAUUAAGCCAGAUCUGUCGUGAGACCCUGGAAAAGACACUGAACACCCUAAAGAAUGGGAUUGAGGCCGAGACGAAUACCACACGGCGUGCAGAAUGGUCACGCAAAAAGAAGGCCGUCGAGACAUUUGGCUCCGAGCUUGACAGUCGUCUUAUGGAUCUAAGCGGAAUGCUGGAUAGCAACUUUGUGCUUGGCGUUCAAUUGAAGAAGACCAAGCGAGAGAUGAUGGAUCUUCGUGGUCAUCUAUAUCGAGUUCGCCGAGAACGAGAAAGUGUGGCUUUGCAGAUGGAUGCAGUGCGCAGUAAACACAUUGAGGAGGAAAAGGCAAAGACCUCGCGAAACGCCAUCAACAAAUCCCUUCACAGUUUAGAGCUCGCUCUUGAGCGCAAUCAACAACGCUCCGGCCCCCCAGCGGAGUCUUCUCCCACAGAUCUCGAGUUCAUGCUUCGCACCGUUGCCGACAUCAGUGCCCGUGCGCCUGGAGGCCAAGGCGGGCUUCUCAAUCAAAUCCGAGGGUUCAACGCCCAACUUGAAGCUCUUGUGGGUCGCCUGGAGCGCUAA